ACCGUCGACUUGAAUCUUAGACCUCACUUCGCUCGGUCAAUUAUUAUGUCUAUUAGGUUCGUAAGUCACCAAGGGCUACAGUGAUGAGCUCCUUGAACUCAUAUACUUCCCAUAAUAACUUAUGUACUUCUCAUUGAGCCAAUGCUGACUUGACUCCCAUUUCAGGAAGCAAAUGAAACCCAGAAACAAGCUCUCGUACUGCAGUCAGUAUUCAAAACCCGCUAAAACGUCCGCAAUCGAUUUAGGAAGUGAGUAAAUUGGAAGCUGAAAAACCAACAGAACUCGGCACUCAGUGUGAUAUCAUCCCUUGCCACCCCAGGAUCUCUAUUACCUGUAGCCGAGUCAUCUAUCAUCGCUUCGGCAAUGAUCGGGCACCCUCGGCAAUGAUCGGAGGGUAGUUACCGACCGGGAGUCUCCCUUCCCGAGAGCCCAACCCGGCCUCAGUCGAGAGCGGGACGUCGCACGGGACGGAUCUCACGGUUUUUGCUCCCCUUGGCGCAUCUAGUUCUACCCGUUCAGGUGGUCUGAGUGGAAUCCUCAUUUGAAAUACGGUUGGAAAUCGAGUUAGUGUUGGGGCAACUUGAGUUUGUGUCAUAAAGUUUGGAAACAGGUGUAUCGGUAACACCUGAGUUUGAAGGCAUGGUACCGUACGGUUGUCAACGCUUUUCACGUUAUAAGUACAGUAGUUUCCCCAAAUAAAAUCGUCGAAAAAUAACGGGAUUUUGUGAAUUCAAUCGGAAGGAAGUGGAAGAUAUUUUUUGAAGACCACAACGGAAAUCACAACGUGGGUGGUUAUUGUGAAGGCAGCGUGAUACAGUGUUGAGAGUUAUUGCUUCGUUAGUACAUUGUUCAACAUUUCUCACGUUGUGAUUCAACGUUCCUAUUGAAUUGUUUGAUAAAUAUUCUCGAAAUUGAGUAUUGGAGUCAUAGAGCCUCGAAAAUAUUGAGAGGGUUGAAAUCUAUAUAAAUCAAAGAGAAACACCUGGAUUGAUAUUGUUCAACGUCUCUCACGUUGUGAUUCAACUUUUGUAUUGAAAUUAUUUGAGAAAUAUUCUCAAAAUCAAGCAUUUAAGUCAUUGAAUCCUUGAAAUAUUGAGAGGGUUGAAAUCUAUAUAAAUCAUAGAAAAAUACCUGGAUUGAUACAUAGAGGCAUGAUACAGGGUUAGAGAUCAUAAGUGAACAUUAAUUACAUCCAUAAACAUUUCAUUGAAAUUGUUUUGGAAUACGAAUAGAGCUGGCGUUGGAAGUUUUAUAUUUUGUGAAAUCUGGAGAAAUUUGUGGGUUAUGAUAACAAUUGAGUUUGAAGCGUGUGAUAGCAAUUGAACUUGACGGCAAGAUUAUUGUGGAUGUUUUUGAUAGUAUGAACUAUCAUUCAAACAUUCAUCAUUUACUACUUUCAUGAACAAUUUCUAAGGAAAACCGUUGAAGUAUUGUUAGCGUGAACGGUGGUAGAUUGUGCUGCAAAGAAUCUUGAAGAGUUUGGAGGUUUUGUUUAUAGCUUGAAACACAAGAGUUUCAAAGUUAAAUACAACAGUUUUCAAAAGCAUAUCAACCUGAAAUAGUGUGUGAUCUGUUCAGAAAUGAUUCUCCAUUGCUUUUUGGUUGUCUCAAUCCUGGCAACGAUAGUGUGGGGACUGUUUUAUCAUGAAACAGAAUCUCCAGAUUCGACGGUAGAAAUAAUAUAAUCAAAACAUCGUUUACGUCUACAAGAAUCAUUGUCAACGAUGGGGGAAUAAGUGCUUCAACUUGGUGUUAUUUGCAAAAUAUGUUCAGUGUUCUAGUUAUAUAGUAGAGUGUUCUGGAAACUACGAUUUCUCCGUUGGAGUGGAGUCUUCUCCCCAUAACGAGAAAAUCACCAAGUGCAGUAUAAAUUGAAGACAAUAAAUAGAAAAAUUUCAAUGGACUUGAUCCUACAAUAAUGAUCCAUUUUAACUUUUGACAGACUUUGUAUUAAAAAUGUGUGACAGACUUCUUAGAUGAUAAACAUUCUACAAAUCUUCAAAUAAUUCUUAUGUUGUGUAUAGACUUCAACAACAAAUUUGUAAAAAUAAUUCUAUAUCUUUCAACAUGCAUGACAAUAAUGAUAGUGAUGUUCCAAAUUUCCAUGAUGGAGGACUCAAUGCAAUGGACAAAAACAUUAUGGCAGCUAAAGACCUUACUGCUGCUAUUAUUAGAGAAUGUAUUCUACGCCGGUGAUUCCUUCAAAUAUAACUUUGACUCUCAACUGAACAACUUCGAAAACAGUUCAAAUUGAGUGAGAAAUCAAUAUGGCGGCUCAGUUCGUAUCGGUCGCCAUUUUGAAAGUGUACCUUCAAGAUCGGUGAUAAUUGUUAAUAAAGAAAAAACUUUCAAAUAUCCUCUCCAUCACAUUCUUCUUAUCUAUCCCUCAAUCCCUCUCCAAAUUUUCUCUAAAUUCCGUAAUCACUAUUCAAUCCUGUUUUCCUCUUAGUGUUCCUUCCUACAAACUCCAAUCUUGAGGAUCUUCACAUUAUUUGCUACCACACAUAGUUAUUCUUAAUGGUAAUAUAGGCUACAUUACUAUGUACGCUCUGGGGAUGCGUGUUAUCAACAGUGAUGCUGUGAUGCAGUAUUGAGUGCAACCCAGUUGAUUCUAUUCUCCAUGACAUCUUCAUCAAAUUUGUAACUACAGAUAGUGCGCUCUUACCAUCAAAAACGUUGUAAACAUCGAUACACGGCUUUCUAAAGCUUACUACUGAUAUUGCGCUCCCAAGAUACAGUAUCAAGUACUGUGUUGCCAAAAUGAUUAUCUGAGUGACUGAUCUUAACCUAAAAACGAUGAAUUCCCAAAAAACACUUUGCCAAAAUCAUUGUGUGGGCUACCAUGUGCUGGGUUACCAUGAUAGAUUCCUUGAGCGACUGAUCACAUGCAACAAUUAGUGCGCUUCCGUUGCCAUUCAUGAUACAGUAUCAAGUGCUACGUUACCAGAAUGGAUUCUGUGAUUACAUGCAACAGAUAGAGUGCUCCCGUUGCCCCUCGUGAUACAGUAUCAAGUGCUGCGUUGCCAGAUGAGCUACUGAUCAAAUGCAACAGAUAGUGCGCUCCUGUUGCUAUUUGUGAUACAGUAUCAAUUUCUGCGUUACCAGAAUGAAUUCCAUGAUCAUAUGCUACAGAAAUUACGCUCCCAUUUCCAUGAUUCUGUGAUACACAUGCAACACAUAGUGCGCUCCUGUUGCUAUUUGUGAUACAGUAUCAAUUUCUGCGUUACCAGAAUGAAUUCCAUGAUCAUAUGCUACAGAAAUUACGCUCCCAUUUCCAUGAUUCUGUGAUACACAUGCAACACAUAGUGUGCUCUCGUUGCCAUUCGUGAUACAGUAUCAAGUGCUGCGUUGCCAGAUGGAUUCUCUGGAGCGGCUGCUCGGGCUGCACCCCAAGACGGCUGCAGCCAUAGCGUUGCCGACGGCUGCACUCACACGCAAGGGCAGACAUCUGACGGGCACUUUCUGUCUCUCCGGUGAUACCAUGGAGGGCAUCAUACAGUGCCUUGUUUUUCUCAAAGCUUUCUCGCUGGUCGGUGGGGAGUUUGACAUGGAAUUGAAUUUCAUCAUCCAGGAUGCUCAAAACAUCAGGCACAUGCUCGAGCUACUGGACCACUGUCCACCCAAUUUACAGGCCGAAAUCUGGAGUGUGUUCAUAGCGAUUCUGCGGAAAAGCGUGAGGAACCUGCAGGCUUGCACAGAUGUGGGUCUCAUCGAACAUGUACUGCUCAGGUUAUCACAGGCCGAUGCUGUAGUAGCAGAUCUUCUGAUAGAUAUGUUGGGGGUGCUUGCAUCCUACAGUAUAACAGUCAAAGAACUCAAACUGUUAUUCGGUGCUAUGAAAGCUGUCAACGGAAAAUGGCCCCGCCACACGACGAAGCUCCUCAACGUGCUGAGACAGAUGCCUCAACGCAACGGACCUGAUGUGUUCUUCAGCUUCCCGGGCAAGAAGGGUUCAGCCAUGGUUCUGCCUCCCCUCGCCAGGUGGCCUUACGAGAAUGGCUUCACUUUCACCACGUGGUUUCGACUCGACCCCAUCAAUUCCGUCAAUAUCGAACGCGAGAAACCCUAUUUGUAUUGUUUCAAAACAAGUAAAGGUGUUGGUUACUCGGCACAUUUCGUGGGUAAUUGUCUAGUGCUCACUUCGAUGAAGAUCAAGGGCAAAGGAUUCCAGCACUGUGUCAAAUACGAGUUCCAACCUAGAAAGUGGUAUAUGAUAGCGAUUGUCUACAUCUACAACCGUUGGACGAAGAGUGAGAUAAAAUGCCUUGUCAACGGUCAACUUGCAUCUAGUACGGAAAUGGCAUGGCUAGUCUCAACAAAUGAUCCGUUCGAUAAGUGCUACAUUGGCGCGACACCCGAAUUAGACGAAGAGCGAGUUUUUUGUGGACAAAUGUCGGCCAUUUAUCUGUUCAGCGAAGCGCUUACCACUCAUCAGAUAUGUGCUAUGCAUCGGUUAGGUCCUGGUUAUAAGAGUCAAUUUAGGUUUGACAACGAGUGUCACUUGAGUCUGCCAGACAACCACAGGAGGGUGAGUGCCUCGCAAGGCUCAGAAGUUAGCAUGCAGCUGCACGAUCUCAGACCUGUACUCUACGAUGGUAAAUUGUCGAGCGCAAUUGUUUUCAUGUACAACCCAGUGGCCACAGAUAGUCAACUAUGCCUUCAAUCGGCUCCCAAAGGCAACUCAUCGUAUUUCGUUCACACGCCUCAUGCUCUCAUGCUACAGGACGUAAAAGCAGUGAUCACGCACUCAAUCCACAGCACCCUGAACUCUGUGGGCGGCAUCCAAGUGUUGUUCCCGCUGUUCGCACAACUAGACCUCCCCUACGACUCUGUGGACAACCGACGGGACCCGACUCUUUGCUCGAAACUGCUCGGCUUCAUCUGCGAACUGGUCGAAGGCUCACCGACCGUGCAACAGCACAUGAUACAGAACAGGGGAUUCCUGGUUAUCAGCUACAUGCUGCAACGCUCGUCCAGGGAUCAUCUCACGCUCGAGGUGUUGGGGUCGUUUCUCGGGUUGACCAAGCAUCUGGUCACCUGUUUGUCGGCUAAUAGCGAGUUGUUACUCAAACAGCUUCUGGAUCAUGUGCUGUUCAACCCGGCCCUAUGGAUCUACACGCCGGCUCCAGUGCAGACCAAACUGUACUCGUACCUGGCCACAGAGUUCCUGGCAGACACACAGAUCUACAGUAACGUCCGCAGAGUGUCCACUGUUCUGCAGACUGUACACACGCUCAAGUAUUACUACUGGGUGGUCAACCCACGAGCCAAGAGUGGCAUUACGCCUAAGGGUCUUGACGGCCCCCGUCCAGCGAAGAAGGACAUCCUGGCAGUGCGCUCGUGCAUCCUGCAAUUCCUGAAGCAGCUGAUGAAGGUGGGCUCAGGUGUGAAGGAGGACGAACUGCAGAGCAUCCUCAACUACCUGUCGACGGUCAGGGAGGACGAGAACCUCCAUGAUGUAGUGCAGACGCUCAUUGGCCUCAUGAGUGACCACCCUGCUGCUAUGGUUCCGGCAUUCGACAUGAAAAACGGCGUCCGCUGCGUGUUCAAACUGCUGGCGUCUGAAUCACAGCUGAUCCGUCUGCAGGCGCUCAAACUGCUCGGCUUCUUCCUGAGUCGCAGCACGCACAAGCGCAAGUACGACGUGAUGAGUCCGCACAACCUCUACACACUGCUCGCAGAGCGUCUGCUGCUCAACGAGGACACCCUCACUCUGUCCACAUACAAUGUGCUCUAUGAAAUCAUGACAGAGCACAUCAGUCAGCAGAUACUGUACACCCGUCAUGCCGAGCCGGAGAGCACCUACAGGCUCGAGAAUCCUAUGAUCCUGAAAGUAGUCGCUACACUAAUAAGACAGUCGAAACAGACAGAGCAGCUGCUGGAAGUGAAAAAACUAUUUUUAUCAGAUAUGACACUGCUCUGCAACAAUAACAGGGAAAACAGACGAACUGUUCUCCAGAUGUCGGUUUGGCAGGAAUGGUUGAUAGCAAUGGCCUACAUCCACCCGAAGAACUGCGAGGAGCAGAAGAUCUCAGACAUGGUUUACUCCCUCUUUCGUAUGCUGCUGCAUCAUGCUAUCAAAUACGAGUAUGGCGGCUGGAGAGUGUGGGUUGACACCCUAGCUAUUGUCCACUCAAAGGUGUCUUACGAGGAGUUCAAGCUGCAGUUUGCCCAGAUGUACGAGCACUAUGAACGUCAAAGGUCAGAUAACAUCACCGAUCCAGCACUCAGGCAACAGAGGCCCAUCAGUACCAUCUCGGGCUGGGAACACCAGGCUUCACUGCCCACUGCCAUGUUUCAGGAGAACAGUAUCGACAAAGACGAACAGAUAAGAGAAAUCGAGCAGUCUUGCAAUUGUGAUGCUGAAACUCUGGAAAGUGACGAACCUGAGACCUCUCCAGCUGAUGUUGUGAUCGCCUACGCCCCUCCAGCUGUUGCUCAACUGGAAAACUCCAGAAAUCAACAUCAAGAGGACAUCGAGACAGACACAACCAGCGAUGAACAGAUUGCUGAGUCGAGUGUUUCUGACAACAUCAUUCCGGUUGACAACAUUGCUGAUGUUGUCAAGGAUGAAAUCAUCAAAAGUGUUGAGAAGCCGAGUGAGGAAAGUAUUAAUGCUGAGGUAGUGAAUCAUCACGAGGUUGUGAGGUUGGUUGAGAAAGAGGUUGUAGAUAGUGAUACAUCUGAAGCCUAUUUGACACCAACAGAAAUUGAAAGGAAAGAAGAGGACUCUGAGGAAACUCCGAAAAGUACCUCAGAAAAACUACCGAUCGCCAUCAAUGAGGAGAGUAGUGCAGGUUCUGAGGAGACGACAACUACCUCAAGUAAAGAGCAGGAUGAGGAGGAUGUUGAUGAGGAAGAGGAAGUGGAGGAGGAGGAGGAAGAUGAUGAGGAAGAGGAGGCAGAGGAUGUGAAGAAGGCUGUAGUGGUGGAAGGAGAUGAGAAGGAGGUUGGUGUGAAGACAGAGAAAACAAAUGUGGAGGAAAGUGAUAGUUGCUCAAAUGAUAGUGUUAAGAGUGUUUGUACAGGUGAAGAUGUUGUGGAGAGUAGUGUUGUUGGUGAUACAAGUUCAAAUACUGAAGAAAUUUCCAAAAAGGUUGAUGAUGUCUCAAAGUCUGAUAUGGUGAAGGUAGAAGAUGUUCUUAAGGUACCAGGAGAUGUUGAGAAGGUAGAAAAUGUUCCCAAAGUACCUGGAGAUGUUGAGAAGGUAGAUGAUGUUUCCAAGGUACCUACAGAUGUUUCAGAUGUCUCCAAAGAUGUUCCAAAGGUAUCUGAAGAUGAUUCCAAGGCUUCUGAACCUGUUAAGGCUCAAGAAGAUGUAUCAAAGACAGCUGAAGUUGAUUCCAAGGUUUUAGAAGGUAUACAAGCUGUAACACCGUCUGUUACAGCUGCAGAAGGUGUCUCAUCUCCUGCUGAAGAUGUUACAAAAGCUUCUGAAGUUGUUGAAAAAUUAUCUGAAGAUGCUCCCAAGAGUCCUGAGAAAGUUUCUGAGGUGCCUUCAGUUGUUGAGGCAUCGGCAGAUGUUUCACAGGUGGUAGAGAAGGAUGUUCAAGCUCCUGUAGAUGUUUCGAAGGUUGUAGAAGAGGUUCCCAAUGCUACAAAGGAUGUUUCUGAGGUUUCAGAAGAUGUCUCCAAGGCACCUGUAGAUGUGAAGGUGCCUGAAGUUGCUCCUGAAACAAAAAGUGAUGAGCCAGCAAGUGUUGUACCUGAAGUUGAUCAAGUCAAAGAUGUGCCAAAUGAACAUUCCAGUGACAUUUCAACAGGAACAAACGAGCUUACCAGUCCGUCCAAGGUGUACAGUGAGAUUUCAACAGUUUCUGGUAGCACACAUUUGGUUGACCCACCGAGUACAGACAGUAAUUCGAACAGUGUUGUCAUCGAUGAUACAAGAACUUUGGUAGAUGCAGUUAGCAUGCAGACAGAUGCAGAAGUGCAUCAUGAUGCGACUGAUGUGCAAGUGCAUGAUGAUGCAGUUUUGUCGAGAAGUGUGGCGGUUGGUGUGAAUAGUGUCGGCGAACAGGCUGAAGUCGACCAAGUGGAUGAUUCUGUUGAUGAUGAAGUGGUUCGGACGUCACCUGUUUUGAGGCCUGCGAGUGCCUCUAUGUCAACUCAAGUUGACCCCAUUCAUUUUCAUGACGCCCGUCGAAUGAAGGGCACCAAUCAGAGCGCCCCCAGCAGCGCAGGGGGGAGCUCGUCGCAGGGAGGAGGGCAGAGACCCAUGUUCAGUCCGGGGCCCUCGCGUCCCCCCUUCCGUAUUCCCGAAUUCAAGUGGUCCUACAUUCAUCAGCGGCUACUCUCUGAUGUGCUCUUCUCGUUGGAAACUGAUAUACAAGUGUGGAGAAGCCACAGUACAAAGAGCGUGCUGGACUUUGUGAACAGCGGCGAGAAUGCGAUAUUCGUGGUGAACACAGUGCAUCUCAUAUCACAGCUGGCUGACAAUCUGAUCAUUGCCUGCGGAGGUUUACUGCCUCUGCUGGCUUCUGCCACUUCGCCAAAUAGCGAACUUGACGUAAUGGAGCCGACACAAGGCAUGCCGAUCGAAGUGGCCGUGUCGUUUCUACAACGACUUGUCAACAUGGCCGACGUGCUCGUGUUCGCCAGUUCGCUCAACUUCGGCGAACUCGAGUCGGAGAAGAGCAUGUCGAGCGGAGGCAUUUUGCGGCAAUGUUUGCGACUAGUCUGCACAUGCGCCGUGCGCAACUGUCUCGAGUGCAAGGAGCGGUGCAGGGGGGGUGUGUUGGGGGGUGUUCUCAACACCCCUGGCAACACAGUCUCCGCGCAUGCGCACAAAACGGCCCAUCUGCAGUCGUUGAUUAGGGGUGCACAGACUUCGCCCAAGAACAUUGUCGACAACCUGUCGAGUCAAUCAAGUCCAGUCAAGGACCCCGAGAAACUUCUCCAAGACAUGGAUGUAAAUAGACUGCGGGCAGUCAUCUAUCGUGAUGUGGAGGAAACAAAACAAGCGCAGUUUCUGUCGCUGGCGAUCGUCUACUUCAUCUCGGUGUUGAUGGUGUCCAAGUACCGCGACAUCCUCGAACCCCCCGUCAUGACUGUUCCCCCCAGUCCACCUCUGCCACCUCCACCCAAUCAGCAGAUUCGCAUGAACGGUGCGCACCCUCAGGCCAACCCUCAUCAGCCCGCGGUCGGCGACAGUCCUCCUGACUGUAGCAACGGAUCCCGUCCCCUCUUCCCGCAAUGGUCCCACCACGUCUACCCACAAUUCCUGCCCAACUCCCAUCCCCACUCCUCCACAAUUCCCCCUCAAAACCCCCACAACCACCCCCACCCUCAUCCACAACACAAUAAUAACAAUAAUAUCAACAAUGGAAAAGCAUUGCGUUAUCCCGGCCUAUCACGGCAAGAUGACUCAGAAAUGGAUGUGAUAGUUGUCGAUGAGAGAAAUUCAUCCGUACUAACUGACAGAGAAGAUCUCACUGGACCGCCAUCUAUAAAGAGUCGACAAUCGUUCGUGCAUUCUGGUUACGAUAUCGAUGACCAACGAUAUCGAUCAGCACCGCCCUUACCCUCACGCCAUUCGAUGAAUCAGGGCGGUAACAAGAGCAUAAGUUCGACAGAAGAAGUAAUAUCGGUGAAUUCCCAGCCGGCGUCAGAUGUGGACAGCAACACGACAGAUGACAACAAGAUGUCGCUUUCGAAUUUGGCGGCAAACGACGACAGCUGGACUGAUGUCAACCUCAACGAGGAUCCCAUGAUACCCUCCGAAGACACACGCAAUAUGCACAACAUUUCCGCACAUUCUAGAGGUUCGAUGAUUGACUCAGAAGGCAAUCAGUUGUCGAUCAGUUCGCGAUCGGUGAACGAACGCGGCGAGAAACCGCGAGCGGAAAUCUCAGUCGUCAGGGUGCCCGGGGGUGGAAGUGAGGCGGUUCCGCCUCCAGGGGGUGGUCCCCCGCCACCUCUUCCCCAGGAGCUGCCCCAGACCAGGGGGCCUUUGCCGCCCCCCUCGUCAAGGGAGGCAAGCCUCACGCAGAAGCUGGAGACUGCCCUGGGGUCGGUGUGUCCCCUCUUGAGGGAAAUUAUGGUCGACUUCUCGCCGUUUUUGUCGAAAACUCUGGUCGGAUCACAUGGACAGGAGUUGUUGAUGGAGGGCAAAGGUGAGCUACUGUCCCAUGCCAUGAAAGACCAUAUAGUGAGAGUGGCGAAUGAAGCUGAAUUCAUACUGAAUCGUAUGAGGGCUGAUGACGUCAUGAAACAUGCUGAUUUCGAGACACAAUGCGCCCAAACGUUACUAGAUUGCAGAGAAGAGGAGAGGAUGUGCGACCAUCUUAUUACGGCUGCUAGAAGGAGAGACAACGUUAUAGCUGGUAGACUGCUGGAGAAAAUAUGCAACAUUCUGUCAAACAAACAUGGAGCCUGGGGGUAUUCGGACUCCUCUGCUGUUAAGAACGAAUUCUGGAAGUUGGAUUCGUGGGAGGAUGAUGCCCGGAGACGAAAGAGGUUUGUGCACAAUCCGCGAGGCACAAGUCAUCCACAGGCGACGCUGAAGGCCGCCCUGGAGCAUGGAGGCGCUCCUGAGGACGCCAUUCAUCAGGCCUGCACCGAGUUUCAUGCUCAACUGGUGGCUUCGCACACACAGCAAGGGCAGAGCAAUGAUCUGAUGGAUGAUAACGAAUUGCCUGAUGACAGGGAAUUGGAUGUCGAUCUAGUCGGUCCAGUGAAUAUAAGCACGAAAGCCCGCCUGAUAGCGCCUGGUAUAGUGGCUCCCGGAAUGGUGUCAAUCACAUCUUCGGAGCUCUACUUCGAAGUGGAUGAGGACGACCCUGAAUUCAAGCGGAUAGAUCCUGAGGUACUGAAGUACUGCGAUCACCUACACGGAAAAUGGUUUUUCACGGAAGUGAGAGCGAUUUUCUCCAGACGAUACCUUCUCCAAAAUGUGGCCAUCGAGAUUUUCCUUGCCAGCAGAACGUCGAUAAUGUUCGCCUUCCCGGACCAGUCGACGGUGAAGAAGGUGAUCAAGGCCUUGCCCAGAGUGGGCGUUGGCAUCAAAUACGGCAUCCCCCAGACGAGGCGUGCGUCGAUGAUGUCGGCGCGACAGCUCAUGCGCAACUCGAACAUGACGCAGAAGUGGCAACGGCGCGAAAUUUCGAAUUUUGAGUAUUUGAUGUUCCUCAACACUAUUGCUGGUCGCACAUACAAUGACCUGAAUCAGUACCCAGUGUUCCCCUGGGUGUUGACCAACUACGAGUCCAAAGAAUUGGAUCUCAGCGUUCCGUCCAAUUACAGAGAUCUAUCCAAGCCAAUCGGAGCACUGAAUCCGAGUAGAAGAGCCUACUUCGAGGAGCGCUACAACUCAUGGGACCACUCGGAAAGUCCCCCCUUCCAUUUUGGAACCCACUACUCCACGGCUGCCUUUGUACUCAACUGGUUGAUACGAGUGGAGCCGUUUACGACAAUGUUCCUAGCACUGCAAGGAGGAAAAUUCGACCAUCCGAAUCGGUUAUUCUCGUCAAUCGCCAUGUCAUGGAAAAACUGCCAACGUGAUACGUCUGAUGUGAAGGAACUAAUUCCAGAGUUCUUCUUUCUGCCUGAGAUUCUUGUGAACUCGAACCGCUACUGUCUGGGCCAACAGGAGGAUGGGACGGCGGUGGGGGAUAUCGAAUUGCCCCCUUGGGCUUCAUCCCCCGAAGAGUUCAUCCGAAUCAAUCGUAUGGCAUUGGAGUCGGAAUUUGUUUCAUGUCAACUCCACCAAUGGAUUGAUCUUAUUUUUGGAUACAAACAGAGAGGACCUGAAGCUGUGCGAGCAUCUAACGUAUUCUAUUACCUUACCUAUGAGGGAAGCAUAGACAUGGAUUCCAUCACAGAUCCGGUUAUGAGAGAGGCGAUAGAAGAUCAAAUUAGGAAUUUUGGACAAACACCGUCUCAGUUACUUCUAGAGCCUCAUCCUCCACGCAGCUCUGCUAUGCACCUUAGUCCUAUGAUGUUCUCGAGCGUACCGGAGGACAUCUGCAUGAACAUGAAGUUUCCGUCCAACUCGCCGAUCUGUCACAUUUCGGCCAACACCUACCCCCAACUGCCCCUCCCCUCUGUCGUCACAGUCACCUCCAAUCAGCAGUUCGCAGUCAACCGGUGGAACUCCAAUUAUGCCGCCUCCGUUCAAUCGCCGAGCUACGCUGAAACGCCCGCCAACCAGACGACUAAUCAGCCACUAACGAUGGACCCAGUGCUGCUGCAGACGGCGAACAACAACAACAACGCGUUGCGACGUCAUCUUGGCGACAACUUCAGCCAAAAACUGCGCAUCCGCUCCAACUGCUUCGUCACAACUGUUGACAGCCGAUUCCUCAUUGCAGCCGGAUUCUGGGACAACUCGUUCCGGGUAUUCUCCACUGACACAGCGAAAAUCGUGCAGAUCGUGUUUGGCCACUACGGCGUGGUGACAUGCCUGUCGCGGUCGGAAUGCAACAUCACGUCUGACUGCUACAUCGCGAGUGGCUCGGCCGACUGCACGGUGCUGCUCUGGCAUUGGAAUGCGCGCUCGCAGACGAUUGUGGGCGAGGGUGAAGUGCCCACCCCUAGGGCCACCCUCACCGGCCAUCAGCAACCCCUCGCCGCACUAGUCAUAUCGGCCGAGUUGGGGCUUGUCGUGUCCGGCUCUAUCGCUGGUCCAGUGUUGGUUCACACGACCUUCGGUGACCUUCUGCGCUGCCUGGAGGCGCCACUGGGCUUUGUGAGCCCCGAGAACAUCGCCAUGUCACGUGAGGGUGUCAUCGUCGUCAACUAUGAACGUGGCAACAUCGCCGCCUUUACUAUCAACGGCAAACGGCUCAGACACGAGAGUCAUAACGACAAUUUACAGUGUCUGUUAUUGAGUCGUGACGGAGAGUACUUGAUGACUGGAGGUGACAAAGGAAUAGUGGAAGUGUGGCGCACUUUCAACCUGGCCUUACUCUACGCAUUUCCAUCUUGCGAGAGCAGUGUCCGAUCUCUUGCUCUGUCGCAUGAUCAAAAAUUCUUGCUGGCGGGUCUGGCAAACGGAUCAAUAGUGAUGUUUCACAUUGACUUCAACAGAUGGCACCACGAGUUCCAACAGCGCUACUGAGCCAUGCUUCACUUCUAUAUAUCAAGGCCGUCUCAUCAGAAAUACUGGCCCAGAUGACAUCAUUGAACAAUACUCAUUUGGGAGUAUUUGUACAUUGAAUAAUACUUCAAGGAGAUUCAUUGCAUUGAAUAAUACUCUUUCAUGAGUAUUAGUGCAUUGAAUAAUACUCUAUUAGAAGUAUUGGUGCAUUGGUCCUCUAUUAGGAGCAUAAGUGCAAGAAUUUUCAAUGAUCGGAUUUCUAAACAAAUUAUUGAUUUUCCAAUAGCAAAGUGAACAUAACACAUUAUAUUGAUGAGUGACCGAAUAUUUAUAUUCUUAUACAAGACUAUUCAAUCAUUGUAAUUUUCAACAAGACAUUGGUGUUCCAAAAUUAGAGAAAUAUGACAUUGAUGAAAUAUGAAAAGUACCUAUUGAUGUUCUGUUCUAUCAGGAUAGUGAUAAGCAAUGAAAGAUUGUAUAAUACGAGUAAUUACAUUAUUAAUGUUUAAUGGUCAGAAUUUUACUCAUUUUUGAGUAUUUUUGCAAGACUAUUGAACUCUAGCCAAGAUUUUAACCGGAAUAAAUAUACAUUCUAUCGAAAUAAUGACAUUGUUCAUAGAACAUGUUCUUGAAAGAGUUGACAUUCUAUAAAACAAGUAUUGUCAUCAUACAGUUCCCCGAUGUUGAAUAAGAGUACUAUAAUAAUAUACUCUGUAAUAUGAUAUACCGGUAUGGUAUAAAAACACCUCACUCACUUGGCUACUUUUUAACAAAUUAAUAAAAACAGUAUAAAAAUCUUGAAGUACCCUUUAUUUUUUAAAAACUUUGAAAUCGUUCAACAACUAGUAUCGACCCUAACUUAGAUCAUUUUCAAGUUGAAAAUUAAAAAAAAAUAAAGUCUACUUCAAGAUUUCUAAAUUGUUUUUAUCAAUUCGGUACCGGUAUGGUUAGUAUACGGUAUAUUAUAAAUACAGUACCGAGGCUUAUUAAAUCAGAGUUUGGAUCAGAAUACCACCUUUAUACAGGAUAGAGUGCUCUGGAAGAUUAAUGAUUAAAUUAAGAUAAAGAUUAAAUUUGAUAUCCUUUACAAGAUUGUAAUAUUCUAGAGAUUCAAUCAUAGAAUGUUAUUCACAUCAUCAUUGAGUUAUACCCAAAUAAGGGUAAUAAUAAGAAAUUAUUGACUUGAAAUAUCCCUUUGGUUUUGAAGACAAUUUUGGUGAGUUAUUUCAAAUUUUUAUAGAAAUUUGUGAUUUAUUUUCAACAAUAAAAAAAAUAGUAGAUCAGUUCAAGAUAAUGAAUGUAUUCAACUUGACUUUUCAAUCUUGACUUCAACGGUUUUUAUGCAUACAAUGCAAAAGAUUAUGUGUGAUGCUUUGAGAAAGAAAUAACUUGACAGGAAAAUAUGAUAAUUAGUAUCUUUUCUGAAUGAACUAUCGUUUGUAUGCAGUAUGAUGCAUAUACUAAUUAUUAAUGUCAUGUAUAUAAAUUUUAGCAUCAAAUGGAGGAAUAAAUAUUUAAUUGAUUAUUUAUACAAUAAAUUUUAUUGUAAACCCACAUUACUGUGUUAGAUUGUACUUAAUCGACUAUUAGUGAAAAUUGACUGUACUUAAAAGGAAAAAAUGUUUAUUUAUUCAAUAUUAUUCAGAUAUUCACUUUAUUAGUAUCUGUGUUUUUGUGGUAAUUUAAUGUACUUAUUUACAAUAUGAUGUAACUUAUAUGGUCUGUGUACAUUGUUAAGGUACCUAUUUAGAAUGAUAUCUCUAAAUGUGGGCACACACUUGACAAAUUUCAAACAAGCAUUUUUGUAUAUUAAUACAAGAAAACAUGUUUUGAAUAGCUUCAAACCAAUACAGUGUAAUGUCUUUGACAAAGCGAUCAUGCUUUGUACUUGGAUCUUGAGAGUAACUUAUCUUGUAACUUAAUUGUGAACUUCAAAAGUACUUAAUUGUUGUGAUAAUUUAUUGUGAGGUUGUGUAACUUUUUGUGGAACUCGACAUUCUGGUUUGUAACUUUAAUUUCCCCAAUAAAUGAUUUUCCAAUUUCAAAAGCAUCAACUUUCUCGCCGUUAUAUUACUUGACUGCGUUCUUGGAUGAAAAUAUUUACUUGCAAUAAUUAUUUUUAUAAACUUGUCGUUUUUGUCCUAUUAUGUGGACUCCGAGAUACAAGGCAAAGUGUGACAUUUUCAUCAAUAGACAUUUUAAUUUAUAACGUAUGUAUCAUAAAUGAUUAGAUGAUGGGAUUUUCAUGAACGGAAAUUACUAAAAAUAUAUUUAAUUUGAAAAUCUGACCAAUCAAAUGUAGGCCUAUUAUCUACAUAUCUACCUAUUGGAACCGUUUUGGGCUUAUAAGCCUUGGUACUUUUCUGUAAGUUGAGUGAUUCUGAAUGAUUAAAUAAAUAAAUUAUCUGAAUAUCAGUUUCCUCCAUCGCACUCUUUCAUAAUUAUCAAUUGAAAUUUGACCAAUCAUUUUUUUCCCUUGAAUAUCUUGCUAUUAUGUUUAUCAAUAUUUUUUCAAUUAUUGUAUAAAAGAUUCGUCCCUACUAGAUUCAACAUAAAUAUUAUGAAUAAAUAUAAUUUGAGAUAGUUAUGAUAGCUGAAUAUAUUAAUUAAGAAAUACAUUUUAUUUGUUACCAGUAUUUUUGGCACCAGUAGUUUUAAAGGUUUUAGAACAAUCAAUUUAGAAAUUAUUUUGUAACUCUCAUUCUCAAUUUGAAAUUAUUUUCUCCCUGUGUUUCAAUCACCAUUUUUACUCUUAAUAAACAGAAAGGGCAGACAAAAUUUACAUAGUAUCAUAUUUGAAAAUUGAAAUAUUAUUGGUUAUAAACUAUGGAAUGUCUCCUUCAACUAUAGAUCAUUUUUUCCUGCUAGAUUGCAUUUCUGCCAAAAAAAAACAAAACUAACAAUCUUUUGUACAAAUAUUUAUCAUUUUGAACUCAAAAAAUUUCAUUUCAAAUUUAUUAUGAAAGCUUACCAUUAAACUACUUAAUUUGUGUUUAUUUUUUAUUAUAAUGAGUUUAUAGUUCUACUGUGUGCCAUACAAUGAAAAAUAUACUUGUAUGUUUUUAUAGGUACUUGUACUAGCUUUAUCCAGUAUUUUUGUCAAAAAUUUCAUGUUAUUUUCAUGUUUAAAAUUUUAUUUUUUGGUUAUGGUAUGUAUUUGAACAGGGUGGUAUUCAAAAUAUUGCUAAAUUCUAUGGUCUUUAUAUUUUAUAUUUUUUGUCUUUUUUAGAUUAUUCUUAUCUAAUAAAGUGUCUAAUUCUUCACAUUCCAUAAAACUGUGAUGAGCAAUUCAUUCCCUCCAUAAUUAAUUAUUAUGUGUUUAUUUUUGAAAAUUGUUAAUUUCUCAAACUAUUAUUUAGGUUGUAAGAAAGUACUACAAAAUGAUCCCCUCUCUAAGUGAAAACAUAAAUAUUGAUUUAUUCAUUUCUAAUACACGAUAGUUGCAUGUAAUAUAGGGAUUAAUAAAUAAAAAACUUGAAAAAUAUUUAUUAUUAUUGUAUUGCAUUUAAUCAGUUUGGUUCAGUAUUUUCAUUUGUGUUGCAUUUAUGUAAAUCAGUAUUAGUUUUAUUCUGAAAUUGAUAUAUUUUAUUUUCGUGAAAAUGACUAAGAAUUGGUUUUUAUCCCAUAAAUGUUGAAGAUAUUUAAAAAAAAAUCUUCAAUGAAAUCUAAUUCUGUAGAGCUCUUUCUAGAAUUCUAGAAUUGUUUUUUGUGUUUUUUUUAGGAGUUACUUAAUUUUACGAUGCACAUAUCACCAUUUUAAAUAAUUUCAGACGUUUGAAAAUUUCUUUAAAAAAAAUAUAGAUUCAAUAUUCUGAAAUUAAUAUUUAUUACACUGACAUCGUGUUUUAAAUUAUAAUAAAAAUUGAUUGAUUGCACCUUUUUGAUUUUAUCCCACUUUUCGAAUAUACAAUAGAUUAUCUUUGAUUGUUUGAAGUAUUGUAAAUUUAUUGCAAUAUUUCAAGUAUUGAAUGAGCUCCGCUAAGACACAUAUAGUCAAAAUUGAGUUUCUCUCACUUUGUGGUUAAGUUCUUAUACGGUUGUGCAAUAGGUUGAACUAAGUUUGAAAUAAGUUCUAAAGUUUGAACUUUACCAGAUCCAAUAGAAUUACUUAGUCAUACUUACAGAUGAGAAAUGAAGAAUUUAUGCAUAGAUUUAUCAAAUACGUAAAUUUUAUAGUAUUAUUUUAAAAAUAGAGUAUAAUAUAUUUUGAAAUAUAAGUUUUAUCGAUUUUGACUUGCGAUUUGAAUAUUGUAAAAAUAGAGAUUUUGAUCAAAAUAAAUCCUCAGUUUUA